UUAAAAUAGGGAGUGGGAAUAGAAGUUCGCUUUAGAGAGCGACCGGGGGUAUAAUUUGGCUUAUCUUUUGUCGACCGCGUUCUAAGAGAAAGGUGGGGAGGAGGCGGUACAAGGCGUAGUUGCGGAGAGUCAAAGCGACGGUACUUCAGCUCGAACCGGUGGCCGAUAGAGAUUGAAAGGGGUAAAAAAAAAAAGAAAAGAAACUCCCGAUUGUCGACGAUUUCGAGGUCCAGAUCGCAAAAGAAAACGGGACAUAUGUUGGGAAAUUUAGUGUGAAAUCUUGGAGUUUUAGGUGUUGGUCCUGCUUAGAAAUGCGAUUUCGCGCUGGUAUUAGAUCAGCUGUAUAGGUUAAUAUUUUGAUCGCAUACAAGAAAUUGUGGUUUUGGUAACGAUGGUGUUGUGAUUGAGAUGGAUUCUGCGAGGAGCUGGUUCCAAAGGUUCCAACCUAGGGAUAAGUCGAAGCCUAGGCCCACAAAGAAGAUGGAUAUGGACAGUGGGAAAGAUUUGCAGAAGCCUCCAGUCGAUGAUGCACCUUCAAGCGCUACAAAACAAAGGGUUGCUGCUGCAAAGCAGUACAUUGAGAAUCAUUACAAGACACAAAUGAAGUCAUUGCAAGAUCGAAAAGAGAGACGCUGGAUUUUGGAGAGGAAGCUUGCUGAUGCUGAUGUUUCUGAGGAAGAGCAAAACAAUUUCCUUAAGCGUUUAGAGAAGAAGGAAACUGAAUACAUGCGUCUUCAAAGGCACAAGAUGGGAGUGGAUGAUUUUGAACUGCUGACCAUUAUUGGAAGGGGGGCAUUUGGAGAGGUGAGACUUUGUAGAGAGAAGAUCACUAGGAAUGUUUAUGCAAUGAAAAAGCUUAAAAAAUCUGAAAUGCUUCGGAGGGGUCAGGUGGAACAUGUGAAAGCUGAAAGAAAUCUUCUUGCAGAGGUUGACAGUGCUUACAUUGUCAAGCUCUACUGCUCUUUUCAAGAUGAAGAGUUUUUGUAUCUUAUCAUGGAGUAUCUUCCUGGUGGAGACAUGAUGACUUUACUUAUGCGCAAGGACACAUUGACAGAAGAUGAGGCCAGGUUUUAUGUUGCAGAGACGGUUUUAGCUAUUGAGUCUAUUCACAAACACAACUACAUUCAUAGGGAUAUAAAGCCAGACAAUUUAUUGUUGGAUCGAAAUGGCCAUAUGAAGCUUUCAGAUUUUGGGUUGUGCAAGCCUCUUGAUAGCAGUAGUUUUCCAAAUCUGAAUGAGCCUGAAUAUGCAAUGGGAAGAAAUAUCAAGCCUCCAUUAGAGAGUAAUAAGCAGCUGAGCACCUCUCCCGCACCCAAGCGUACACAGCAGGAACAGUUAUUACAUUGGCAGAAAAAUAGGCGGUUGUUGGCUUAUUCAACUGUCGGUACCCCUGAUUACAUUGCUCCAGAAGUUUUAUUGAAGAAAGGAUAUGGGAUGGAGUGUGAUUGGUGGUCACUUGGAGCAAUUAUGUAUGAGAUGCUUGUGGGUUACCCGCCAUUUUAUUCUGAAAAUCCAAUGUCAACCUGUAAAAAGAUUGUAAAUUGGAGAAAUUACUUAAAAUUCCCUGAAGAGGCAAAGCUUUCACCUGAAGCUAAAGAUCUCGUCAGCAGACUUCUGUGCAAUGUAGAGCAAAGGCUUGGAACCAAAGGAGCCCAUGAAAUAAAGGCGCAUCCAUGGUUUAAAGGCAUCCAGUGGGAUAAACUGUAUCAGAUGAAAGCUGCUUUUAUACCAGAGGUUAAAGAUGAGUUGGAUACUCAGAACUUCGAGAAGUUUGAGGAGACUGCAGCACCGAUGCAAACUUCAUCAAAGUCUGGCCCAUGGAGAAAGAUGCUGAAUUCCAAAGAUGUGAACUUUGUGGGUUAUACUUACAAAAACUUUGAAAUUGUGAAUGAUCAUCAAGUUCCAGGCACUGUUGAGUUGAAGAAAAAGUGUAACAAGCCAAAGAGGCCGACCAUCAAAUCAUUGUUUGAGUCAGAUACGUCCGAUCAGCCAGCCAAGGGAAGCUUUCUCAACCUGUUGCCAACUCAAUUAGAGGUGUCUGAAAGCCUUGAACCGUCUCCUCAUUCCAGCAUUUCUUCUCCAGAUCAAUCUCAAUCUCGACAUAGAUAGUGAAAAGAGUUUCACAAGCUAAUUGUUAAUAGUCAAAGCAAAUUAAAAGGAAAUGAAUUUCCUGUUUUGUUAUACUGUCCAGUGAGUUUUUGUAACCCAGUUCAUUCCAUAUGCUUUCGUGUUGAACCUUCCAUCCCUCUUCCAUUACCCUGGAGUCAGGGAAGGUGAGGUAUUGGUUUGGUUAAUUGUGCAAUUGCUGUUUAAGGGUGGAAUUAGAUUCUUUAAUUCUUGUAAUUUGGAUCUUUUAACUGAUGGAGAAAGCUUAAUAUCGUUCGUAUUUAGACUCUA